AGACAGACAGGCGUCUCUCUCAUCACACACGCGCCCCGUCUCCCGCCUCCUCGUGCCGUGGCUCUGCGCAUGCGCAGUGCCUCCCAAACUGAGCCAGAGACGGGGCUGGAGCCUCCGCACCAUCCAGGCGCUACCGGGAACCAACCGGGACAAAGCACCGAUCAACAACAAGGACCCGUCACCGACAACCAUCGAGCCCCGGCGGACCUUCAACGGGCUCUGACGGGGGAGCGGGCUGGAGGAGAGGGAGGCGGGUCGGGACCGGGAGCCCGUUCACGACACUUAACAAGACCCAGCUGGACACUGCAGGAGACAGCUGGACACUGCAGGAGACAGCUGGACACAGCUGGACGCUGCAGGAGACAGCUGGACACUCCAGGAGACAGCUGGACACUGCAGGAGACAGCUGGACCCUACAGGACACAGCUGCAGGACACAGCUGGACACUGCAGGACACAGCAGGAGACAGCUGGACGCUGCAGGAGACAGCUGGACCCUACGGCACACAGCUGCAGGACGCUGCAGUCCUCAGGAGGAAAGGAAGUCCUGGUCCUGAUCCUCGUCAAGGUCCAGGUCCAGGUCCUGACAGGUUCUGUGUCGGCAGCUCGCUCUGACAGAAACAUGGUGUCAGAGGAGUAUGUGGGCGCCACAGUGAACGCCACAGUGCUGGACGGACGAGGAAACACCAUUCACAUGAUGAGCAGCGACGAUGGGACGUACGGACAGAACUCACCCAAAGUGGACACCAGGGGCGUCAUCAUCGCACCUGCACCGCACCACGGAGUGGUGGACCGUCAGGGCUGCGACCCCAACACUCGUUUCCUGGUUCCUCCACGCAGCGUCCACUGGGUGGCACUGCUGCAGAGAGGAAACUGCACCUUCAAAGAGAAAAUCCUAAAGGCGGCUGCCUACAACGCCACGGGCGUCCUCAUCUACAACAACUCCACCGACAAGACGGUCAAGAUGGGACACGAAGGUACUGGUGACACGGUGGCGGUGAUGAUCACAGAGGGGUACGGUAAGGAGAUUCUGGCUCACCUGGACCGGAACCUGACGGUCACGGUCUCAGUGGUCGUGGGUCAACGUGGUCCCACCAGAAACAUCAACCGAGGCUCGCUGGUCUUUGUCUCCAUCUCCUUCAUCGUCCUCAUGAUCAUCUCGUCGGCCUGGCUCAUCUUCUACUUCAUCCAGAAGAUCCGCUACACCAGCGCCAGGGACCGCAGCCAGCGUCGUCUUGGUGACGCAGCUAAGAAAGCAAUGGGCAAGUUGACGACCAGGACGGUAAAGAAAGGAGACAAGGAAACGGACCCUGACUUUAACCACUGUGCGGUCUGUAUUGAGUCGUACCAGCUGAACGAUGUGGUUCGGAUUCUUCCCUGCAAACACGUCUUCCAUAAAGUGUGUGUGGAUCCGUGGCUGAACGAACACUGCACGUGUCCCAUGUGUAAACUCAACAUCCUCAAAGCUCUCGGCAUCAUGACCAGUCUUCCCUGUGUGGACAGCGUGGUUUUGGACGUGGAGCGUCUGGGUGUCAGUCAGGCGUCCAGCAGCCAGAGGGCGCCGCUGGGUGAUGGCAAUCAGCCGUCCAUCAGCCUGGAACCACUCAACUCCCCCCACCCUGAGGCCACGCCCAGAACACCAGCUGACAUCACCGUCGCCGUGACCAGUGAGAAUGCAACGCAAAGCAACUCCUUGUCAAUGCUUAAAUCAGACAACUUGAAUCAGCGGUGGACACUUUUUCAACAGGAACUCCAUGUCUCCUCGCAGUAUCGUCUGUGAGAUGGAGCUGCCAGACAUUCAGGCCUCGCUCGACCUCUACGACGACAACAAGUCAUGAGGCCCAUCGUCAUGGCUACAACCCUCCCAUCACCACCACUACCCCUGGACCGGCUGAUGAAGGAAGUGUUUCCUUUUGGGAGGGGUCUGAUAACGACAACCUGGAUGGACCUUUGAGCAUUAAUUCGAUCAGACGAUCUUCAGACGGAACGUGGACGCUGGUCUCUGCUCUCAGUUUAGACUCGUUGGCUUGACACUUUCAUUUUUUUAUUUGCCCAAAAAGUGAAGGAACCAGAGCUGCUGGUCGAUCAUCAAAAAGACGUUUUCAGACAAAUGAUCCAGACAACUGAUAUUAGCCCAAGAACCAUAGCCGGAACUAGGUUCCUCUGGUAGAACUUGAAGCCAUGUUGUUGUUGAGUUACUGAAAAGGUUCUCUAGUACCUAAAAACAUUCUUUUGUUCUUCGGAAAGGGUUCCUGGAAUUCCAAAAGGUUUCCCUCAAAGGCUCCUGGGCAACAAAUAAUGUACAUGGGUCCUUGGAAACCUUCCACAACUCAAACAGUUCUUGAAAGGUUUCUCGGUGCUUGAGUAGGUUCCAGAUCUUCUGUUCCUUGGUUCUGAAAGGUCUCUUAUUUUAUGGAACAAUUUCCUGUGAUAAGAUCCUAAAGAGUUUCUUGGGUUCCUGAUAAAGUUUCAUCAAGAGUUUCCUGAAAAACUUUCUCAGCACCUAAACAGGUUACCUAAAGUGUUAAUUGGAUCCUCAAAGGCCUCCUGGGUUCUUGGAAAAGAACAUGAGAUGCUUCAUGCGAUGCUUCACCUCAUGAAAGAGUUCCUGGAAAUGCCUAAAGGUUCUUUUGUUUCUUAGUUCCUGAAAUGCUUCCCAGAAAAAGACCCUUAAGAGCUUCUUAAAUUCCUAAAAGUUACCUGGGUUUUUGCUUUCUUAAGAUUACAAACACUUUCCUGAGGUCCUUGAGCACUUGAAAAAAAGUUCCUAAAAUGUUCUGGUGAAGCUACUGAGUGCCUAAAGGUACAUGGAAAGGCACUUGGUGUCUGAUGGGGUUCCUGUAUUCUUGGAAGUCUUUUAAAAGAUUGGUUCUGGGAACGUUUCUGAGGUCAUAAAGAGGUUCCGAUGUCAUCAAAGCAACAAACAGUACAGGUUCCCAACAUGUGCCGUGAAGUUGUGAAGGGGUUCUUGUGUUCCAGAGGUGUCAACCAUAGACUGCCUCACCCGAAGGUUAAUGAACCUGACAGAACCAGAGCAGUCAGUCAUUACUCUGGAACUUGACCUCCUGAUUGGCUGGCUGAUGAUUACUUCAAACAGACACGGCUGGCCUCCAGUCAGACUCUGAAGACCUGGACCAAAGCUCCUCGCCUGUAAAUACUGACUGUGGAGUUUAUUAUCAAACUGGAACCUGGACCUGAACCUCUGGAAGAAACAAUCAUGUGAACUUUAACAAUGUCAAUUCCCCUGUAGCAAAAAUUCCUUUGAUUUAAAGAAACAGUCCAACAUUUCAGUAAACCUCCUGUGGUCUGUUGAGUGGAGUUCCUCAGGGAACCGUACUUGAUCCUCCAAUAUUCUAAUUACAGUUAGCUUAGCACAAAGCUAAGCACCUGGUGGUAACAUCUGAGACCUUGUCACACCUGGUGGUUUCAUCUCACACCUUCAGCUGUCACCAGACCAGGUCACAAUGCUCUCUUCCUAUUGGCUCACAGACCUGAUCAGGUGUCUGUCCAGCAGAGGGUUUCCUGAAGUUACGGACUGCUCCUUUUAAAAUGUAUUAAACAGCUUCUGAAUUACUCUGCGUGUAAUAAUCAAUUAUGAACAGUAUUAUACAAUCUAUAACCAAUCGAUCGAUCAAUAUUAUCUCUGAAGUGACCUGAUCAAUCAGACACCUCAGCUUGUCUCUGUCACAUGGUACUGAUGAUGAUGAUGAUGAUGAAGAAUGUCUCAGUUCAGUGUCUUUACUGCCUAAACAUUAAAGUGUCAUUACUGUCUUUAACACCA